UUCCCUGCAGCGGGGUUUACGGUAACGGAGGGGAAGAAGUGCACCGCUCCUCUCUGUCGGUCACGGAACCGUUCCUCCGGUGUGAUUUUCACUACCGCUCACUGACCUUUCUCUCCCCCGCUGUGCCCCCCGCAUCUUGGCUUCUUUUUUUCCACAUGGAGGCGGAGCGAAGCAUCUUGUAACGAAACCUUCCGAGGAGAUCUGAAAACAGUGUGUGCGCGCGCGUGUGUGUGUUUGAGUGUGUGAGUGUGUGUAACCUACUUGGAUUUAAACCUUACCAAUGAUCCUGAAAUGAGUCAUACUACUACCGAGGUAGAUGUGUUCACAUCCUCCGUCUUCUGGCCCCGGGGGUACUAAGGAUGCGGCUGGUAGCUCGGGUACCUGUCCUGGUUUCACACCGGCUCGGUUCGUCCCGGUAAACUGAUCCUGUCCGGUGCUGCGGUGUUCACAGGGACGACCAGAGAGAUUUCUUUCAUUUAAUUUUUAACCGGAUCCACCACCAGCAGCCUGACAGAUGGAUAACUACUCGACUUUGCAACUGCAGUGUCUGGAAAUGACCACUAAACGGAAGCUGAUUGGCCGGCUGGUGCCGUGCCGUUGUUUCCGUGGUGAAGAGGAAGUGAUCUCAGUGUUGGACUACUCCCACUGCAGCCUGCAGCAGGUCCCCAAAGAAAUCUUCAGCUUCGAGAGAACUCUGGAGGAGCUCUACCUAGACGCCAACCAGAUUGAGGAACUACCCAAGCAACUCUUCAACUGCCAGGCCUUGAAGAAGCUGAGCAUGCCUGAUAACGACCUGUCCAACCUGCCCACCACCAUUGCCAGCCUGGUUAACCUCAAAGAGCUGGACAUCAGUAAAAAUGGUAUCCAGGAGUUUCCAGACAAUAUAAAAUGUUGUAAAGGUCUGUCUGUGGUGGAGGCCAGUGUCAACCCAAUCACCAAACUCCCAGAUGGUUUUACGCAGCUCCUGAAUCUGACCCAGCUCUUCUUAAACGAUGCCUUCCUUGAGUAUCUGCCGGCUAACUUUGGCAGACUCUCCAAACUACGGAUCCUUGAGCUGAGAGAGAACCACCUGAAAACCAUGCCAAAGUCCAUCCACAGACUGACACAGUUGGAGAGGUUGGAUCUGGGUAGCAAUGAAUUCUCUGACCUGCCAGAGGUGUUGGAACAAAUCCACAACUUAAAGGAGCUGUGGCUGGAUAACAACUCUCUACAGUCUAUACCAGGGUCGAUAGGGAAGCUUCGUCAGUUGCGGUACUUGGACUUAGCUAAGAAUCGUAUUGAAACGUUGGACACGGACAUUUCAGGUUGUGAGGCCUUAGAAGACCUGCUACUAUCCUCCAAUAUGCUGCAGCACCUCCCUGACUCUAUAGGAAUGUUGAAGAAGCUGACAACACUGAAGGUAGAUGACAACCAGCUGACCUCACUGCCUAACACCAUCGGGAGUGCGAAGCCCAAGCAAGGUCUGUCUCUGUUGGAGGAGUUGGACUGUAGUUGUAAUGAGUUGGAGUCGUUGCCUCCCACUAUCGGCUACCUGCACAGCCUGAGGACCUUCGCUGCCGAUGAGAACUUCCUCACAGAGCUGCCCCGGGAGAUCGGCAACUGUAAGAACGUGACGGUAAUGUCGCUGCGGUCCAACAAACUGGAGUUUCUUCCCGAUGAGAUCGGACAGAUGACCAAACUACGAGUGCUUAACCUGAGUGACAACAGGUUAAAGAAUCUACCGUUUACCUUUACUAAGCUGAAGGACCUGGCAGCUCUGUGGCUUUCUGACAAUCAGUCCAAGGCUCUGAUCCCUCUGCAGACAGAAGCCCACCCAGAAACCAAACAGAAGGUUUUGACGAACUACAUGUUUCCUCAGCAACCACGACAUGAUGAGGAUUACCAGUCAGACAGCGACAGUUUUAAUCCUACUCUGUGGGAGGAGCAGAGACAGCAGAGGAUGACUGUGGCCUUUGACUUUGAGGACAAGAAAGAAGAGGAGGAUAACUCUGGGAAGGUCAAGGUGGAGAUAAACCUAAAGCGCUACCCAACACCGUACCCUGAGGACCUUAAGAACAUGGUCAAGUCAGUGCAAAGCCUUGUGGGCAAAAGCGUACACGCCGGACACGGGCAUCAGCACCAGCACCAGCACCAGCUGAGCACAGGCACUGCCACCUCGGCAGGAACCAACAUGGAACACACACACCUCAGCAAAGAACCGUAUGAACCACCAUGGCCCCUACCACCUAAAGAGGUGACAGACCGAGAGAUGCAGGACUUCUCUCAGUCUCAGCUAAUGGAUCAGGGAUCAAUGCAUAACUCUGGCAUUGACAUUCCCAAGAGGAAAGACAAAGAGGAUCUGACAGAGAGCUCAGAGGACUCGAUGGGCGGCUCCCCCAACGACAUCCGUAUCUCUGACAUGAGGCCCACCCUGGUGGAGCCACCGAUGUACAAACCAAAGGUGGUACUGCUGGGCAAGGAAAAGAAAGAAUCUACAGAUGAGGAGAUGGAUAAGCUCCACUGUCUGAACCACAGCGGCUCCUCAGCCACCUACUCCGACUACUCUCCCUCACAGGGCUCCUCGGGCUCCUCCAACCCGCCCGCCAACACACACUCACACACACUCUCUCACGCACACCCACACGCUGUCGCCUUGUCAGCCCCCAGCAAGGACCAGACCCCUCAAACACACUGGACCAACAGACUGGCUCAGUCGUUCCCUAAGCCCAUUGACUCCAAGCCCCUGCUAUCUCAGAGAGAAACCCCUCCAUCAGGAACCCUGCAGCAGCGUGGGGACCGACGCCCACUCAGUGAGCCUUUUGACUGGUCUGAGGCUCCUCACUACGACAACACGGGUUUCGAUGCUGAGGAGUCUUCUCUGGACCCUCCGUCUUCUACGAGUCAGGGAAACCCUCCGCUGGGCUCCAAGCCUCGCAGCCAGUCGACACACGGGCGCCGCCCACUCCUCAGGCAAGAGCGAAUUGUAGGAGUUCCUCUGGAGCUGGACACCCAGACGCUCCCCUUCCACAGCAACCAACGCUCCACCCCAGACAAUGACCCACAAUCCUCCGCAGCUCCCCAGAAUCCUUGGCAGAAUUGGACCCGAACCCCGAGCCCGCUGGAGGACAGAACCGCUUUUCCCUCCAAGCUGGACCUGACGCCCUCCUCCAGCCCCAACCCUGACCGCAAGGAUAGGGACUCAAGGCUGGAACAAGGAGCAGGGCCUUUACCUGGCAGCUGGACGUACCACGACAAUCAUGGCGAGCAGAGCAGGAAGGAUCAGCUCACUGUCAGCGGGGGCAACAAGGUGACGGUGGUGAUGAGUAAAAGCUCAGACCGCCUGUCCCCCAUGAUGAAAGAGACGAGGUCCAAGUUUAAAAAGUCACAGAGCAUUGAUGAGAUUGACAUCGGCUCCUACAAGGUCUACAGUAUCCCCAUGGACAGCUACAGUUCAUCCAUUGAGCAGCAGAGCAGUUUGGACCGUCCAGAGCUGCCCGGUUCUAUGGAGCAGACCAGCAUGGCUCGAUCGCAGUCCGCCCCCAUGUUAGAUGAUGAGCUGGGCUUCCCGGGACAUGGCAACCAGAGCCAGCCGGGACAGAACCAAAAACCUGCCAUCCCACAUAAAGCCUACCACUUCGACCACAACUACAAUCCCCAGGUGACCAUGGACCGCCGGGUCCCUCCACCCUUCCCCAACACACCUGACUAUGUCAACCACGCGUCGAAGGCCUUGGAGUACCUAAAUCAGCCAGGGAAGACAUUACCGAAGGAGUUGGUGAGCCCUCGGUAUCGUGCAUAUCCGCCUCUGGAGAUGUUCUCUUUCCCCCAAUCGCCAAUCAACCAGGAUGGUCCGCCCAGCCAGCAGCAGCAGCCAAUCCCCACACAGCGCUCCAGGCCAGGAUUUCUGAGGAGAGCAGAUUCACUGGUGAGCUCUACAGAGCUCGCUUUGUUCCGCAGAGUCCAUGAAGCCCAGCAGGAGGCGCUGCAGGAAGCUCAGUACAGACAGCAGGCGGACCCCCCUCUUUAUGGUCGGGCUCUUGCCUACUCCUCCCCCAUGGAGCACUCUGCUCUCACCAACAUGGCCGACAGCCAGAGUCAGAUGCUGCACAACAAGAGAAACGGUCGCUAUGAUGACGACUAUCCCACCUACCAGGAACAGAAGAAGCCCAUGAUUGGUUAUCCAACCAAGAGCCUGACUCAGCGCCGUCCCCUGUCUGCCAGGAGCUACAGCACUGAGACCUACGGAGCGUCUCAGGCCCGUCCAGUGUCAGCUCGUCCCACCAUGGCCGCCCUGCUGGAGAAGAUGCCCCCUGACUACACCCUGGCAACGUGCCCUGAAAAACCAUCAGACGACACCAUCAAAGUAAGACCUGUCGUACCACAGAAACCUGAAGACAUCACCUCCAAGAUGCCUGCCGAUUGGAGGCAACAGCUACUCAGGCACAUAGAGGCCAAACGAUUGGACAGGAGUGGUGUCCUAAAGCACAACACGCUCACGCUGGGCAUGCUCUGUCAGGGCGGGGGUCACGGCCAGGGGCGCAGCAGCACUUUGAACUUUAACCUUUACAAUAACACUAAGCAUGAGCCCCCUGCUGGCCGCUGGCUUCCACUACCUCCUCCUCCGUCUGCUAACGCUACCCCCUCUCAGCAGGCCGCCAUGCUGGAUAAUGACCAGGAGGGGUUGUCAGGGAGCAACCAGUGGGCUCCCUACUCACUUGGCAGGCGGGACGUUCCACCUGACAACCUUAUGAAAAAGAGCGCCCACUCCCACAACCCUUCCCACCAAUCACACAACACCAUGAUCGUCACUUCCUCUUCCUCCUCCUCGGCCAAUACGCCUCAUCGUGUGGUCGGGCAGCAAGGCUACGAUGGGGUGAUGAACAAGGGGGGCCAGUACCAACCAGGGAUGCCCCUGUCAGUGGUUCCCUCUGGGGGGCCUGGUCAGUACCAAGGCAACAUGUCUCAAGGCCAUCCUGCCCCUGGUCAGGCUUACCCCAGCAGCGGGCUGCCCAUGGCCCUGUCCCCCUCUGGGAACCAGCCCCAGUACAACCCACAUACCUCCCACACCUCCCAUCAGUCCUCCCUCCCCGCCACCAACCCCCAAUACCACGGCAACCAGGGCAUGGUCCAUAGCAACCAGAUUGUCAUGGCCACCCACACCAACCCGCGGCCUCAGAGCGCUCGCUGCCUGUUGCAGACUAAAGGCCAGAAGAGCACGGAUGGUUUCCAGGAACAGCUGUGUGUGAGAAUAGAGAAGAACCCUGGUCUUGGUUUCAGUAUCUCUGGUGGCAUCAGUGGCCAGGGGAACCCCUUCAAACCCUCCGACAUGGGUAUCUUUGUUACUAGGGUACAGCAUGACGGGCCCGCCGCCUCCGCCCUGCAGCCUGGAGACAAGAUACUGCAGCAUGACUGUGUAGCUCCUCCUCUUCUCUCUCUUUUCCCCAACAGUGAUGUGUUACUGAGAUAAUGAUGGCAGUGACCCUCCAUCCUUCCACAAACACACUCACACAUAGACAUAUGUAUGAAAAUACUGCAGCACACAUACCUCUAUACAUACAUGCACACACACACAUGCUUUUGACUGUGCUGCGUGUUUGCCUUGCAGGCUAACGGACAUAGUUUUUUACACAUGGAGCAUGAGACAGCCGUCUCUCUGCUGAAGAGUUUCCAGCGGACGGUGGACUUGGUGGUUCUGAGAGACAGCAGCAUGUGCUAGAAAUAGUUUUAUAACAAACAAACAAACAAACACAACAACGCUUCUUUUCUCUGCUCAUCACCAUCCCACGCCACCCCACCUGUCCUCCACUGGAGGCUCGUGGAACUGAAAAAUGAGCCGCCUUUUUUACCUUUUUAGGGGAACACACAGACAUUUAUUUGCCUAUUGCUGGACCAAAGGCAAAUACUAGUGCCAAAUGUACCAUAGGAAACAUAUCGGCUCUUCUGUCUACCAACGGUCAGGGACCUGAUCGACGGCUGGAUGGACCACAAGAGGACUCUAAACUUUGAGUCCCUACAGGGCUGCUGCAGUUUGGAUUUUGUGGUUGGUUUGUUAAUUAGGCAGUCAUCUGAUCGGUCAGUCUGAGUAGUUUGUUUUUGUUGGUUAGUUAAGAUCCUGGGGUAUUUUUGCUUUUCUCCACUGCUUUUUACUUUGCAGUCCAUGGUAGAUUUUUAAUGAUUUGUUUUGUGUAGCACAUGGUUCCCUUUCCAUUGUCUUCUUUGUUUUUCUGUUCUUUUUUUUCUUUUUUCUCUUCAGUCUUUUUCUUUUUUCUUCUUUAGUCUUAUGUUUUCUGUUCUUCUCUUUUUUUUUUACUGUCUUUUGUUUAAUUCUUUUAUUCUUGUGUUUAUGUCUUCUGUUCUGUUCUGCAGGUAUUAUUGCCUCCAAUGUACAGAAAAUUGAAAACUUAAGACUUUCUGCCUUGUGUACAUAUAUAGAGCUGCAGCUUUGUGGAGCUGCACUCUCUUUGGGGCCUGGACAGACAGCUCUAAAAGUUUAUAAUUAAUAUAAUUAUUGUUGAUAAAUCACAUUCUGAAUUCUCUCUUAUGAACAUACAGGGAUAAUUUCUCCAAAUGGACAAUUUUCUAAAGUAUACCACUGAUUUAUUUCUGUAUAGAAAACACUUUUCAUAGUCCAUUACUGCUACUUGGUUUUUUUUGUUUUUUAAACUGUUGCUUGCACAGCUGUGCUGAAAAGAGCUAAAGCAAUAUUUCUGAGGCUCGGCCCAUUGAGCUUUUCAGCAGAGCCUAACUUGUCCUGCAGUGCCAUCUAUCGAGUUAGUCACGCUAAUGUUUACACACACUGCCAUGCACAUGAACUAACAGGCAAAGACACACGUGCCCUCAUACACAACACAUAUCCAAUGCUGUGAUUUGUGCACUAUUGCUUAGUGAAGCCCUGUCUGUUCCAGCUUGAGUUUAGAAUUCAAACACUAUUAUAAGCCCACUUGCACUCACGUACACACACACUGUAACAUUAUUCAUAAUGUCGGUGCCAUAUUUUGAGGUCCUGUUUUCUAGUACUGUUACAGCAAUGUCACAUCACUUUCAAGCUGUUUGAGUUGUAUGAUAAAGUCACAGCAUGCUCUCAUAUCAUUGGUCACUGUCAGCCAGCCAUUUUCAGUUGGCUUCCAGAGUUCUACACUCUCAAUGUAUUAUACCACUGAGUUUCAGUGAGACUGAUGUUCUACAGUUGGUGCCAUAUGGACCCUCUGCCCCUCCCUGGUUGUAUUUACACAGGCCCAAAACAUUAGAGCUUUACCUCUAUGUGGCCCAGAUCUGAUCUGACCAUGAGAGGAGCAGCGUGACUAUAGUUAGUUGGGAAACUGGUUUUUAACUGUUAGCCUGGCUUCAAAUCCAAGUGUCAGCAAACAUCAGUUGUGCUGACGUCUGAUCUCUCUGUGGAAAGCAGCAAGAGAAAAAAGACUCAAUAAGGUAAAACACAUAUUAGUGUCUUAAUGGGUAAAUCUGCAUUGAAUCAGAUUUGCCUUUUUUAGACAAUCAGGGAAAGAUCUGAUCUGUGUCACAAAGGUUUUUGGCUACACUUGAAAUUUCUGUGUAACUUUUGCAACCUGAGGAGAAGCUUAUCGAGCAGGUGUUCAGGGGAAUUUAGAUUUGCCAAUUUUGGUGGCGAAUGUUCAAAAUUUGAAAUACGACAUUAAAUAGAGCAGGAACAAGAAAUCCAGACUCCAGACUCUAAUCAAUAUAUAGAAACUUGUAUCGUACGAGAAGUUUCUGGCUAAAGUUGGCAAUGUGAUAAAAUCCAGCCUUUUUUGUCACGCUUCAGAAAUUUAUUGACAUGACAGAAGUAACCUCGGAAAAAGAGUGAAGAGGCUCAUUUUCUGUCUUUGUGUAAAUGCAACACAUGUCCUGAAGAUGUUUUGUGACAGUGAGUUUUGUUCUGUUCUGUGUAACAUCUGAUGUUUCAUUCAGAGCAAAACAACAUCCUUCACUGUCCUUUGCUUUUACUUGACAGUGUCAUCCUGUGCCCAUUUUGUGUCAACUCUCCUAAUAAGCAUUAGAAUUUAGUUAAAUCAACAUAAGGGACACAAAAUGGCACAGAUUAGUGGUGUGGUUGAGAUCUUAACCACAGGUACCCGCCCAACCCGAUUUAGAGUUUGAAAUAUCAAAGAUAUUGUGAUGAGAACAGAGAAAAAGGUUUGAUAAUAUAAUUAUUUUUUACUACAUGUUUCAGGUAAUUCUUUCUAAAUAUAUUGAUAUACCUUAGCUUUGCUCAAAAAUUGUGAUAUUUUAUAAUGACACUUAUAACAAAGUUAUGGAUGGAAGUACGCACAGUAUGACUUGGAGACCUACACAUGUACUAUCCAAAACUGUAUAAAAUGUAUUUCUACUGUAAUUGUGAAUUUGUGUUAUACAAAUAUAUAUUAUAUAUAUAUGUAUAUGACUAUAAAAACAGUCAUUUUCUAUGUGUUUAAACUACAUAAGAGCUGAACAAAUGCUGAGGACGGUGUCACUGUACAUAGCUGUGAAUGAAAUCCAAUUUAAAAUGACUCAUAUUGAUUGUGAAUGUACUCAUGCUUUCUGCAGUACCUACACCUACCCAACUUGAAUGCUGCUUCUUCUGUUGUGUGACAAAAAGUACUUUGACCUCUGAAGAGAGAACCGCUGUCGAGUUAUAAGUUGGACAAAUUUUAGUGACGAUUUAACAGAACUAUUUAUUUCUUUAUUUAUUUGCACAUGCAAGUUGAAAUCCUUCCAGUUUUAAGUUUGAGUAUUAAUGCGGAGAAAUGUAAUUGCCGAAGUAUAUAUAAUAUAUAUCAUGUGUUUAGAAUGCAUUUUGCAGACGCUAUCUGUACAUACUAUUUAAGAUACAGUUUUUACAAAAAAUAAUAUAUGUAUAAAAUUGAAAAAAUGCUGUGCAGCGAUUAUACUGGAGCCAUUUUGGGCUUUGGAACGUACCAUUUUUUCAGUAUAUAAGAAGUGUUUUGAAUAAUGUACUAAAGUCUCUAUUGUACAAAUAAUAAAAAUGUCACUAUUGUUAA